CCCGACACUCUCUAACGACAGGAGAGUGAGAGCACCGCGCGCAGAAAACGGACUACAGUAUUCCUGAGGAGUAUUCCGGAUUUAACAGCACGGAAUUGAGAAGUAACAUACAAGGUGAUACUUUGAAAGCUAAUAUUCCAUUUGAAAACAGCCGGACAUAGGCUAUAGGCCACGGGCGGUGUUCGUAAGAGGUGACGCAGCCAUGCAGCACUACGGAGUGAAUGGAUAUUCUCUCCACGCCAUGAACUCACUAAGUGCCAUGUACAAUCUUCACCAGCAGGCGGCGCAGCAUGCCCAGCACGCGCCCGACUACCGGCCGUCCGUGCACGCGCUCACGCUGGCAGAGAGACUGGCUGACAUAAUCCUGGAGGCCCGGUAUGGCUCCCAGCACAGGAAGCAGCGGCGCAGUCGCACGGCCUUCACUGCCCAGCAGCUGGAGGCUCUGGAAAAGACCUUCCAGAAGACCCACUACCCUGAUGUGGUGAUGCGCGAACGCCUGGCCAUGUGUACCAACUUACCAGAGGCCCGUGUACAGGUGUGGUUCAAGAACCGCCGCGCCAAGUUCCGCAAGAAGCAGCGCAGCCUCCAGAAGGAGCAGCUCCAGAAACAGAAGGAGGCCAACAGAGAGGGAGGUGACGAGGAAGAGGCCAAGACCACCGACCCCUCCACCCAGACCACUCCAUAUCCCUCCUCCUCCUCCUCCUCCCUCUCGGAGACCAUGCGACCCCAGCCUGCGGAGAUGAGUGUGGAGGUGAAUGUCACCUCCCCGGAGGCCUCGGACAGCGAGUCGGCUGCGGAGGACAACGGUGAGGGAGAGGAGGAGCUGAAGUGGGAGAGGCUGCAGGAGGACACGCAGCAGCAGCAUCAGCAUCAGAGGGAGGUGCAGCAGGGGGGUGCAGGACUGCAGCCAGGAGGAGGAUCCCCAUCCUGCAAACGCCUCAGCCCCACACCAGACUCUCCCUCCCUCCCCUCCUCCAGCGGUGGCAUGGGCAGCAGUUGUGUGUCCCAAGGCUCCUAUGCCUCGUCCCCCCUCAGCCUCUUCCGCCUGCAGGAGCAGUUCCGCCAGCACAUGGCUGCCACCAACAACAUGGUCCACUACCCCUCCUUCGACAUGGGUACCCCCUCCUCCCUGCCCUAUCUGGGCAUGAACGUCAACAUGCCCUCCCCCCUGGGCUCUCUGCCCUGCCAAUCCUACUACCAGUCCCUGUCCCAGGCGUCCAUUUCCCAGGCCCAGCAGGUGUGGAACAGCCCCCUGGCGGGUCUCCAGGCCCCUCCAGGCAGCCUGCCCAGCCUCAACAGCAAGACCACCAGCAUUGAGAACCUGCGUCUGAGGGCCAAGCAGCACUCUGCCUCCCUGGGCCUGGACACGCUACCCAACUGACCCCCAGACUGACACCCCCCAGGGCAGGGCAGCUACCUGGGACACAGUCAGAUGUUAUGACCCCUUCUACUGACCUCAUUACUGACUGGACAUUACAGACACUGUAUCAGUUUUGUACACUGGGACUGCAUGGGACUGGAGAUUAGAUCAGUACCCUACCGGACACUACUUAUUUGACCCCAUUGCAGGUUAGAUGCAUAGACCCAGUGCAAUCUCACUACUAUACUGAACAAAAACAUAAACGCAACAUGUAAAGUGUUGGUCCUGUGUUUCAUGAGCUGAAAUAAAA